CAUAACUAGUUACGUGACUGUGCUGGUUACUUCUGCACUCACCCAACUUGUUUACAGCAGUGUUUAUCGCUGUCUCUGUCUAAACACUAUUACGGGUCAUUUUUAUAUAUGAUCAUCACCAACCCAUUUAACAUGUAUAAUGAAAAUUCAGGGCCGGCCUUCGCACCACGGGUGAAACGGGGACUGCGCGACACCGACCGUGGAGACGUCGUCAGCAUGGCCGCCUUGCAUGCAGCGAAGCGAGCGCUCAGGAAGGAGAUCAAGACACGACUGGCCGCGAUAGGCGCAGAGGAGAAACGUCGACAGUCUCGUAUCGUUACACAGAAGCUACUCCAACAUCCGAAGUACGAGAGCUGUUGCAGGAUUGCAGUGUUCCUCAGCAUGCCGGAUGAGAUCCACACAGAGGAGAUCAUCGAGGACAUCUUCCAGAAGGGCAAGGUGUGCUUCAUUCCCAGGUACCUACCCAACAGCAGCCACAUGGACAUGCUGAAGGUGACCGAAGCCAAAGACAUUCAGUCUCUGCCAGUGACGUCGUGGAACAUUCGCCAGCCUGGAGAUGAGGAGCAGGGAGAGGAGGCGUUAGCCACAGGGGGCCUGGAUCUAAUACUGAUGCCCGGAUUGGGGUUCGACAGGGGGGGCAAUCGGCUGGGCCGCGGGAAGGGCUUCUAUGACACUUACCUGGGGCGGUGUGCCAGUCACCCCGGGGGCAUGCCCUACACCAUCGGCCUGGCCUUCAGGGAGCAGAUAUGCCCCCAGAUCCCGGUGCACGAUGGCGACGUUCCCAUCGACGAGGUUCUGUUUGAGUAGGGCUCCGGGGCAGACGGAACUGGCUGUGGCAGGAAGAGCGUCGAGUAACUGCCCCUUUUCAUUAAGUGCCUCUUACAUGUUCCAGUGAGUUUUUCACUCUCAUAGCUGAAAAUGCCGUUGUAAUUUGGCCAGACCGAACAGCGCCAGAACCUGUGAAUUAGGCUACCUGGCCCACUUUGAUCUCACUGAUUUUCAAACAACCGAUAGGAAUGGAGGUGUUUUACAAACAUUGACCAGAUUAAUGUAGUCUACAUGUGUUUGUUCAUUUAGAAUGUUCUGUUUUUCAUGUUUUAUGUGUACAUUUUUAAUGUCAUGCCAUGUGAAACUUACAGUCAAAUCAUCCAGCGUUAAUUUAUUUGGUAAAAUAAAGGUCCAUCCAUUUUUGAAUUGUU